AUGACACUGAAAUUACCAUUUUAAAAAUGCCCUAAUGCUUCUGUUGACCAUAGAAGUUUUUAUUUGAAGUUUUUGCUAGAUUUAGCCUUUAUUGGUUCACAUGUUUUAUUUGCAUCUUUUCCAUCACUUUUUCAGUAUGUCGAUAUUGUAGGGGUGAUUUUACUACUUUUAACACUUGGAGUCUGUCUCAGUAAACAAUUUGUAGUUCCUAUCUAUAAUAAAAACAUCAACAUUACUGUUAAUUUAAUACAUUGGGUCAUACUCUCCUGUUGCUUCAUAAUUGUAAUAAAUUCUUUUGACGAGUCAGUUACAUCUGUUAACAUGUACUAUCUAGCUAUACUUAUUCCAUUUAUGGUCGGAAUGUCAUUUUUAGUUCAGUAUCAUUGGGAAAACAGAGUAAUGGAUAGAAUCAGAAUAGGAUAAAGUAAGAUGGAAGUUCAGCAUUAAUACAUUCUAUACCUAUUGCAAGAGCAUAUUAGGAAUUUAAGGGCAGAUAAAGAUAAAAUGAGUUCAAGUUUGAAGUUUCUAUUUGGUAUAUUAGAUGAUCACAAUAGUGACUGCCUUAAAAAUAGCUGCCUCUGCCAUCAUGCUGAAUCAAUAGUUUGGAUUCUAAAUUAAAAAAGAGAUGAAAAUCAAAUAAUUAUUGAUCUGAGCACAUAGGAUUUAGAUUUCCUUAAUUCUAUUUAAGUUGAGAUACUUUACUCUAAUAACAAUCAAGUUAAUGCUCCUUUUACUUUCAAUGACUAUCUUGACAAAAAGUAUGUGAUGCUGAGAGAAAAAAGAGAAACAUUAAACUCAAAAAUGAUAAAUGAGGAUCUCAAAAAUAUUGACUUCAUUUUUGAAGAUGAUAGAAUUUAGAAAGAUCAGAGUGAGGAUAAUAUUUAUUAUAAAAUAGACUCUUAAAAACUCAAAAUGGCUUAUUUUGCAAACUUUAUAAGACAGUAUUUCGAGUCAGCUAUUACCAAAUUUCCAAAUAGCUAUGAUAUUAAACUACUUUAUUCCUACUUUGCUUUGUAUUUUAUGAAAAAUAUCUUCCUUUGCAUAAACAUAUUGAAAUAAGUGGACUUUUAAAAGCUAAGUUUGAUUGAAAAAACCAACUUUAGACUAAAUGAAGCUUUACUUUUAAUGGAAAUUUAAAACUAAUUUCUACUUCAAGAAAAUUAUCAUUAAGGAUUUCAGUAUGACCUUUUAGGAGUAAUGAAUUACCAAAAGGUAAAGUACAAACAAUAGAUGGAUCAGAGAAAUUUGGAUGCUGAAAGCUUUUUGAAUUACGCCAGGUUGCAGGAAAAAUUUAAUGCAACAAUUAUUUAGCUAAGCAAGCAUAUUAUGUAGUUUUGGUAUGUACUGCAAGAACCUAUCCUUCUAGUAGAUAAGGUAAUUUCUGAGGGUUUCUCAGUAGCUGAUUAUAUUGCCCUUACAUAUGAUACUUUCAACAAAAUGGAUGAAGCUAGCAAACAUAAAAAUGAGAAGAUCUAUCAUAGCUUUGCUAUUAUUCAUCAGCAACUACUAAAUGAUUCCUAAAGUUAUUAUUUAUAUCUCUCAAAGAUGAAAAAUGUAAUAAGUAUGAGAAAAUUUAUUAAGAAGAAUUAUCAGAUGAAUGACUCUUAUUUUGAGCUGGGUCUAUUACUUGUUAGUGCAAGAUAUGAGAAUUUUGGAAAAAUACUAGAAAAUAAUCAAAGUUUUUAAAGGAUUACAGGAUUUUCAACUAUUGACCUCAAGUAUAGCAGCUAUGAGAUUGUAAUGAAUGAUCUUGUCAAACUUUACCAUUCAAAAUUUGUAUCAGAUUAUAACCAAAACGGUGAGAGAAUAAUGCUUGAUAGAAAAGUUAAUCAAUUUAUUAAGAAGAAAAAUGGGUAUAUUAUACCAGCAUAAAUUAUAGUAAAGAAUCAUUUUUCAAAUACUUAUGGAUAUACUUUCAUUGCAUUCUUCAAUGAAAUACCAGAGUUACAAUUAGAUGGAAGUACAAGCAUUGGAAUCCCUACAAGCAAUCUGAUGUUUAUGCUUUGUGAUAAUCAAGAUGGUAGAAUUUAUAAUGUCUGUAAGAACUCUGCAAAAUAUCUUGGAAUAAAGAAGCACUAUUUGAUUUAGAAUUCAUCUUAUCUAGACUUUGAAAUAAGGAUAGGCUAGAUAUCACCUUACUUAGACAUAAAUAACUUCAAGGACAUAUUAAGAAAUAAUGAAAACAGGCAUGAUAACUUAUUCUAUGGAAUAUUCAAACUAGAUUUAAACUGCAUCAGCCAAAGAGUGUAAAGUGUUUUCUAAGCAACAAACUAUGUAAACGCUAGAUUCAAGAUAUUCUUCGAAUAAUUUCACAACAAGUCAUUUGAAUACUACGUAAUUGUGAUUCAGAUUAUAGAAUAAGAUUAGAUCAAUCAAAAUAGAUUGAGUUUGGGCUUUGAAGAUGAGAGAACAUAGACUAUGGGAUAGGAGGAUUCAGAAAUAAAUAAAGCAAUGGCGUACGAGGAUGCUAAUCAAUCCUCUAACUCUAGUACUGAUUCCUCAAAAUAAACUGACUUAAUUAAAAAUUAAACAAUCUCAAUGGAGAAAAAGACUCCAAGAAGCUUGAAAAUAGUUAUUCAGCUCCUUUUGAUUAUGUUUUUAACUAUGAUCACGGUAAGCGCAGUAAAUUUAUAUCUUACACAAUCAAGAUAGUAGAAAAUUAUAUCCUAAAUCGAGAUAGCAAAUAAAUCGUCAGGCAGACUUAAUUUUGCUGGUAGAUGCAGACUUAUGGUAAGAGAGCUGAUGAACAUUGCAAAUGGACUUGAACCAACUUCUACGAAACUCUUGAGCAAUAGAAGUCAAUAUUACAAAACCUAAUUACUCAUGUUUUAAGAAUAAUUAAGAAUAGGAUAGAAUUAAUUAGACAACUAUAACUAUUUAUUUUCAGAUCACUUCUAGGAGGAUGUGAAAAGAGAGAAUCUUUUUGUUUAAUAUUUAGAUGAAAAUGGUAGAAUUUAUGCUUCAAAUCAUACUCUAAACUAUUUGAUGAAUAUCUAUGUUUCAAAGCUCCUUGAAUUCUAUAACUAUAAUAUGACCUAACUAAAGACAAAAAUGGACAUUUAAUAACUUAAAAAUGCAUCUUAUAAAUUUAAGCCGACAGCUAUAGAUCAAACUAUCUUCUUUGUUAUUCAAAAUGGGAACGAUGUUUUGAACUCUUACAUUUGGACUACUGAUGAAUUAUAUAAUGAAGAAGUUGAGAAUUACGCCAAUGAUACUAUUUUUCAAACAGAAAUAACAAUUAUACUUUCAAUUAUCAUCAUAGCAAUAGUAUUUCUCGUUGUUACACCAAUCAUAAGUGUGAUUCAAGAUAGACAAUACUAAGCAGUUGCCUUCUUUUUACUAGUUCCUAAGAACUAAAUUGACAAGCUUAUAGAAUAAACUUAAAAAUGCUUGGAAUAGCUAAUUGUACAAGAUAAUCUUUAGUUGAAAUCUAAAUAAGGAAAAUAUAUAGCAGGAGAUUAAAAUGCUGACCAAUCCUCUAGAAAUGAAAUGAUGAGUUAAAAUAUAGGGGAGCUAUAAAAUAAUAACACCAAUAAUAACAUAUCAUUCUAAACUAUGAAUCACACAAAACAAGAAAAUACAAUAUCAGAUAUGGAUAUACUGGUCACACAUAAUCAGAAUGAUAUCAGUUUGUAUGAUGCUAAUUCAAAUGUAUCUAGAUAGCAACUUAAAGAUGAAACAUAAAGGUAAAUGCAAGGCAGAACUUUACUAAAUAGGCUUAAAAGUAGAUCGAAAUAAAAUAAUGACUAUUCAUCAUCUUCUUAAGCAUCAGAUGAAAUUUCACAUGAAAAUAUAAACAAUGACCAAAAUUAGGAAAAAUAAAACCAAGAUAAAAAAGUAGAAGAGGACAAGCUUAAUGAAAUUGAGGAAAAUGAAGGGAAGUAGUAGACAUUAUUAAAUUUCAAGAAAUCUAAAAGGAUUAAAGUGAUCACUAUUAGUUUAACUUUUAUGGUGUGCUUCUGUGUCUACUUUCUUGGAUCAUUCUUUAUGACAUAAAAUACCUAUAAUAGAAUAUUAGUAAUAAUGGACUAAUUAAACACUAUCUAUAACAAAGACAUCUGCAUAGAAAAUGCAAUGAUCUUUCUAAAGGAGAGCUUUGCAUAAAAUGUUUCUUAUGUACUGUUUCAUCAACCAAAAACUAUAGCUUCAAACUAUUAUAUUUAAUAAUGCCUAGAACUUGAACAUAAAUAUACAAUUCUAAGGAAAAAUUAGGAUACUGCUUUUGAUGAUGUAAAAAGGUUUAUGAUUGACAUUGAGACGGAUAGACUCUGCUAAGUUAUCUAUCCAAAUGACUCAGCAAGAUUAAAAGUCUGUCAGACAUCAUAUAAUGGAAUCCUAUUAAAGGGAAUAUAAAAUGCUCUAUCAAUAGUUAUUUCGAAUUUAAAUCAACUAGAUCUUAGAUUUAACUCUAUGAAGUAACGAACCUUGGAUGAGAUUAAAGUCUUCAACAAUAAUACAGAACUAAGAGAAAUGGUUGAGAUGAAAGUAUACAUUAUGGAUGAGAUAUUUAAUUAACUUAAGCUAAGAUCAUAUUCGUCAGGAACUUAAUACUUGGAUUAGCAAACAGCCUAGUAUGUCAUUUUCUUUACUGCUUUUAUCGCCACUAUUUUCGUACUGAUAAUAGUAAUUUUUGGAGUUGUGCUAAGUAAGAUGAGAAAUUAUCUAUGGCAAAUAAACUUAGCCAUGAAAGUGCUGCCUUUGGAUGAUUUACCAAAAGGAACAAUUAAUAAUCUGAAAAAAUUCUUCAAAAACUGA